AUGGCCAUGUCACAAGCAGCCUAUGCGGCCGAGCAGGUCAUCGGCCACCAGGGCGACGAGGUCACGGCCCAGGACAUUUCGAAUUAUGAAAAGACGGGCGACAAGUCUGCCACGAUGAAGGCUCUCGUAUGGCAGGGCAAGAACACGGUCGAGAUUGUGGACGCAGCCCGCCCCAAGAUUAUUGAGGACCGCGACGUCAUCCUCCGCGUCACCGGCAGCACCGUCUGCGGAUCCGACCUGCAUCUCCUCCAUGGCUCCGUUGUCCAGCUUGCCAAGGGCGAUAUUCUCGGCCACGAGUUCUGUGGCAUCGUCGACGAGAUUGGUCCCGCCGUGAAGGGCAUCAAGAAGGGCGCCCGCUACGUUGCCUCCUUUCAGAUUGCCUGCGGUGACUGUUUCUUCUGCCGUCAAAAGCUCUCGUCACAGUGCGAGAAGUGCAACUCCAACACCCAGGCCAAGGCUAUGUACGGAACCCAGACGGCAGGCAUGUUUGGCUACUCUCACUUCACGGGCGGCUUCGCUGGCGGCCAGGCCGAGUACGUGCGCGUGCCCAUUGGCGACGUCAACCUUCUUGAGAUCCCAGAGGAUGUGCCCGACGAGAAGGCCCUCUACCUGUCUGACGUGCUGUCCACCUCUUACAACGCUGUCAAGGACACAGCCGUGUACGAGGGCGACAGCGUCGCCGUGUUCGGUGCUGGUCCCAUUGGCCAAAUGGCCGGUGUCUUUGCCCUCGAAGACGGCGCCAAGCGCGUCAUCUUCGUCGACACGGAACCCCGUCUCUCCUUUGUCAAGUCCCGCUGGCCCGCCGCACACGCCGACAAGCUUUACCUCGUCGACUACAAAACGCUGUCCCACGGCAUCACCAACAAGCCGACCGUCGUCACCGCCCUGCGCGACCUCACCGACGGCCGCGGCCCCGACGUGGCCCUCGAGUGUGUCGCCGGCGAGUACCCCAAGGGCUGGGCCCACUGGCUCGAGCUUCAGCUCGGCCUCGAGACGGACACAUCGGAGAUUGUCAACGAGAUGAUCGAGUCGGUGCGCAGCUUUGGCCGCUGUGGCAUCACGGGCGUGUACGUCGGCUACACGAACCACUUCAACAUUGGCUCCCUCAUGGAGCGCGGCGUGCGUCUCAUCGGAAACGGCCAGGCGCCCGUGCACAAGUACUGGAAGGAGCUGCUCGAGCGGCUCCAGGACGGAUCCCUCGACGUCUACCAGAUGCUCUCGCACCGCGUGCGCCUCGAGGACCUCGACAAGGUCUACUACAAGUUUGAGAAGCACGAGGAGAGCAUGCAAAAGGUCUUUGUCGAGACAAAGUGGUCUCUGCCCCGCGCCGAGGGCAGUCCCGCGCUGACGUCGUACUGA